CUCAACAUGGCUGCUUGCGCGUCGGUCGAUCGCAGGCGGCGCGACGGACUGCGUCCCGUUCACGCACGCGCACUACAACCAGCAGAGUGGCCAACAUGGCGAUGCCUCGCUUGGCUGCGGCCGCCGGGCGGGUGCUCUGGUCUGGAUAACAGCCCCGGCGUUACGUAGUUGUCACUGCAACUGACUGCCUGGUAAACCCAAGUGCAGACGCGGACUAACACCUGCGCUCCCACGGCCACUCGCUGGGUGCCCCUUGGGACAGCUGGGUGUCAUCCGCAAUGCCGACCGCCCGCGCAGCGCGAACACUUUGCGUUCAGGCCCGAGCGCUACCAGCGAGGCAGAGGACACUGUAGGUGACGCAUUCGCCGAGGAUGCCGCUGCCAGAACUUCCAGUGUGGCCACCAGCCUGACCGUUCAUGGGUCAGCUCAGCGGCAUCCUCCUGUGCGUGUGCAUAGUGGUCCUUGGCCACCUGGCGCCUGCUCCCGUGCUCUGCAGCCAAAGAUAUCGAAGACCACGCUCCCUACAUCUCUCACCCAUUGUUCAGAAGUUCCUGCAGCAGGGACGCAACGUUUCCGCAGCUCUUCAGCUCUUACACGAGACUAACACCUGGGAACCUUCCCUAUGUGGUCGCGUGUCACUCUCUGUGUUUGGUGUGUACGCCAGCAACCGGACUGGCGAUGUGUUUCAGCGGCAGGCGCAAGUUGCCGUACGGACAGCCAACCUUCUCACGUCGCUCUCCGCGCGGAUUCAGAACGACACAGAGUUGGUGUACGGAGAGGAUUUGUACUAUACACUAGCGCGAAUGAAUGUGUUGAGUGAGGAAGGCGUUGUCGGCAGCGGGAUACUUGUGCUUCAUGGUCAUCGGGAGACGCCGUUGCUGAGUGUGUUCGCGUACCGCCCUGCUCGGGAGGGUCCGAAAGGCAUAGCCUUCCAUCGGAAUUACACAUACGAUGAAGUGUCCGUGGAUCGGUGUCCCUGGUUCUCGAAACUGUCUACAGCGAACUACACAGAGUGGUUGUUGAGAAGGUAUGGUGCUAGUGCGCUAGACGUCGCGAGUGGGCUUCAGGUAGCCAGAAGAGAUGGUGUAUGGACGUCGCCCUACUAUGACUGCGGUGUGACAGACACCUGGGUGGUUACGUUCGUUGUGCCGUUUCUAGGUGUGCGUCAGAAUGGCACGGUGUUGUUCAGGGGUGUAGCUACUGUAAAUAUCGCCCUGGGUUCUUUGGACAUUGACCAGUGCGCGGGCGAUGAUCUGUUCUUCAGCAACAGCCAUAGGUGUGACUCACAAAGUGCUGAGUGCGUGGCCAUCCAAGGACGAGGUUUCCAGCGGGGAGCGUACAAGUGCCGCUGUAAAGAGGGCUUCUACUUCCCGAGCUCUGGAAUCCGCGUUCCUAGUAGCGGCGUCCCUACCGGCAGUACUAGCGCUGUGAGCAGCAGUAGUACCGCAGAAGGGCUGGGAUCUGCGUUGGAAGUUGCCGGGGCCCAUCCGUUUCACUGUCUUCCGUGCCCUGCCCGGUGCUCCACGUGCAAAGAGGGACAGUCUUGCUUCGUGGAGUACAACAUGGCCUGGCGGAGUCUCGCCUUGGGCCUCCAGAGCUUCUGCACAACAGUCACUCUCGUGCUCAUGGUCAUCGUGUUCCGGCUCAGAAAGUCCAAGGUGUUCGCAGCGGCCAUGUGGGUCCUUUUGGAAGUCAUUUUAGUAGGAGCUUUAAUUAUCUACCAAACAAUCAUAAUACGUUACUUUGAACCGACGACUACGACAUGUCUAAUAGAGCCUUGGUUCCGCGAAGUAGGAUUCAUCGUCCUCUAUGGAGCAGUUUUGUUAAAAAUAUACAGGAUCCUUGCUGAAUUCCAAACGCGAAAGGCCCACCGCGUUUGCGUACGCGACAAGGACCUUCUCAAGUACCUGCUGGGCUUCGUGCUCGUGGUGGCGGGCUACAUGUCUGCCUGGACAGCCGUAGUUAUGGACAACUGGGAGAAAGGCCACAGCAUCUUGCAAGUGGCCGCCACGCCCGCCUCUCUGCACUACCUCGUCUGCAGGGCUUUGUGGUGGGACUAUGUCACAGAGUUCGGGGAAGUGUUGUUUCUGCUUCUCGGAAUCUAUUUGGCCUACUGCAUACGUAACGCCAAAGUUGAGUGCUACACAGAAAAGUGGACGCUUUGCUGCUCUGUUUACAUCGAAGCUCUGUUCUCGCUUAGCAUGUACAUAAUACGGCAUGCCAUGAGUGCUGUCUUGGAGCCAGACCAUGUUUUCUUGCUCUACUUCAUACGUUGUCAUUGCACGGUGACCGUCAUCCUCUUCUUACUAUUUGCUCCGAAACUCUGGUACCACCACCGUCCUCCCAACCUCUCAACAGAGCACCGCAGCCGCCACUUCUCGUCGUACGACCCUGAUCCUCAUCCCGAGAACCUGAAGCUCCACGAAGCCGUUCUCUCCAACGGAGAGGUGGACAUCGCGGAUAUCAACCUGGCAGAUAUGGAUCCGGAGGAUAUAAGAGCGGAGCUUCGGCGGGUAUACACCCAACUACAGGUCCUCCGCAACAAGACCAUGCGGAAAGAUAACCCGCACAUCUCGAAGCGGAGAGGCGGGAGGAAGGUGACCCACCGGCGGUUCUCGCUCCAGCCCUUCCACCAUAAGCACAAGCAACAGCACCACCACGAGCAGGAGGUGACCGAGGUGUCCAAGACGCCUGAAGACUCCACAGCCAGCGGAGAGGCAGGGCCUGUACCCGACGGACCCUCAGUCACAAGUGUCUCUGGCUACACAAGGGCUGUUUGUGUCGCCACCACGGACGACACGCCCUCCACACCUGUCACCCCUUCCAGAAGGAACUGAGCGGAAGCCGGAGGACCAACGGGGCGUGCCAAACUCCAGGACCACAGAACGAGCGCAGAGACUUGCCCCUUCACGCACCGCGGGCUGCACCCCAAUAAGAGCUGGCUACACCAACGGUGGAUUGAUAGGCCUCUAUCUACUCUAUUUUUAGGUUUCUUUUGUCCUCGAAGGGAGCAAGUCUUAGAGUAUUUUCUACAAACUAUACACCCAUCAGUCGUUAAAAAUUCACAUGUCAUGUACAUACACAGCAGAACAAGGGCGAACGGGAGGAGGCUGACCCGUACGGCAGACAUGAACAAAAUGUGCGCGGGCUCUAUCUGCUGUUUAUCGCCGCCGCUACGUUGCUGCCAGGCGUGUCUACCAUUCAUAUGCAAUAGAUAGCCGACGUUGAGCUAUACAUCUGUAGUUACAUACAGUUCAAGUUAUGUGUUUGUUGUCAUACUUGCUGGACCUGUAAAAGCGUAUGCUAUUCAUUGAAGUUAUAAAAAUAUUUGUUUUGAAGUUGAGUCUGCGCGACGUCAUCAUGUCUGUGUGAGGCUUUCACCUGCGGACGUAAAUAUUUGUGGAAUCGUCCACAGCGUCACGCUAAAGGAUGUUCAUAAUAAAAGAGAGUUUUAGUUGUAGCGUA